CUUUGGAUCUAUAAUUUCCCAGAAUAGAAGAUUAAAAUAGAGGGGGAGGAGAGCACUGCUCCAAGCCAAAAAGAAACUAGGAAAACAUUUCUUAUGGAGCUGAGCUGCAGCAUUCGAUUGCGUGGAUCAAAGAACUGCUGGCAUCCCCUCCUCGCCCUUGUUGACACUUGUUCCCAUAGGCAUGUGCCUGUGUUUUCUAUUGAUUGAAACUUCUGCCAAAAUUCAAGAAGGAAGACCUGAGAAUUCCCCUGCGAGUCAAGGGAUUACGGGCUGUGAUCCACGGAGACGGAGAGGAUGUGGGGAACUGAGCCUCUCCACCAACAUGGCCAUGGAACAUCACCAUCCCCUCCUCAUUCCCUGGGGACUGGGACGGGGUAAGGAAAACCCUCAGUGCUGUUGAUGCCAGUUCCCAGGCUGGGCAGUUGGAAUCCCAACCACAAGCAUUGCCAGUCCCACCCUGGUGCAUCCCCCAGGAGGAACAGGUUUGUAGAGGAGUCAGGAAGGGCGCACAGAAGCUUUUCCACUUGUUCAUCUGACCCCAGAGAGCCAACGGGGCAACUCCACCUUGGGCAUCAGCGACCUUUUUGCCCUUUUUUUUUCCUGGAAACUGAUAAAAAAAUUCUUCAGAAGCCACAUCGGACACAGGGGGGUGGGGAAAUGAUCCGGGACACAGGAUGGGGUCAAAGCUUUCCUGGGGAUUUGGGGUCAGGCAGCUCUGGCCAGAGAGAGCAGCAUCCAUGGGAUCUGCUGGGCUCUGGGCAAACUGUGCCACACAGAGCUGAGGAGUUUGAGCAGUGCGGGUGCAAACCGGGACUGUGAAAGGAAGAAAAGUUCACAUCGGAGCAUCUUCCAUCUCUGUGGGAAAGAGAGGUUGAUGGGAAGCCCCCAGCAUGAAAACCCUCAUGUUUAGGUGAGAGUGAGCCCUUCUGCCUGCCCCCACGCUCCUGGUAUCUCACAGCAGUGCCUCAGCUGCUGGAACAGCCCAGGCUGACUGCCCCUUUUUGUUCCCAUCACCCUGGCACAGCCACUGUGAGGCACAAGGAGACGAGUUUGGUACCACACUCACUCCGUAUGCAUCCUCAGCAGAGCACCAGGCUUGUCACCAUUCAGGGACACAACCGUGGGACAAUCCAUCUGUCUGUCCUCACUGCUCACCCAAACCCCACUUCCAGCAGUAACAUCGCCCCCAGCACCAAGUCCCAGCACAUAACCUGCGCUCCACAGCUCAGCUCUCCUGCAGAUUAUCUCCUCGCACCCCCAAGGCUGGGAGAAAGGCUGGCACGGAGCUGGGGAAGAAGCCCGGAGCCUGUCCACGCUCAAACUGAUCGCAGCCGAGCCCAGCAGCUGCAGGGUUAAGGCCGGCGGCUGGCGCUGGACGGCCGUCAAGGUGGUUGCUCCAUCCCUGCGCGGGGCCGGGAGCGCGCACGGAGCCGCCCGCCACCAUGAGCGCAGACAGAGCAGGCAGGGUCCCCCUCCUGCUCCCCCUGGUCCUGCUGUUGGCUGCUGCAUCCCAACCCCAGGACGGGGACGUCCCCAAGGAGCCCCCAGCCACAGAGCCCCUGCGCUGCCCCAACCCCUGUGCCUGCAGCUUGGAUGACUACAGCGAGGAGCUCAACGUCUUCUGCAGCGGCCGCAACCUGACGCAGCUCCCUGAGGACAUCCCCACCAACGCCAAAGCCCUCUGGCUGGAUGGCAACAACUUCACCCAGCUGCCAGCCGCAGCCUUCAGGAACCUCUCAGGGUUGGACUUCCUGGACCUGCAGAGCAGCCAGCUGGCUGCAGUGGAGCAGCACGCCUUCCAUGGCCUGCGCAGCCUCUACCACCUCCACCUGGAGCGCAACCGCCUCAAGUACCUGGCACCCCACACCUUCCUGCACACCCAGAACCUCGUGUCCCUCAGCCUCAACAACAACUUCUUCAGCAAGGUGGAAGAAGGGCUGUUUGCGGGGCUCUCCAAUCUGUGGUACCUGAACCUGGGCUGGAACUCGCUGGUGGUCCUGCCUGACAAGGUUUUCCAUGACUUGCCCAACCUGAGGGAGCUGAUCCUGGCUGGGAACAAGCUCCCCUACCUCCAGCACCAGCUCUUCUGUAGCCUUACAGAGCUGAAGGAGCUGGACCUCAGUGGGAAUGCGCUCAAGGGCAUCAAGAUCAACAUCUUCGUCAAGUUGCAGAAGCUGCAAAAGCUCUACUUGAACAACAACCAGAUCAAUGCCAUCGCACCCCGUGCGUUCAUGGGCAUGAAGUCCCUCCGAUGGCUGGAUCUCUCCCACAACCGCCUCACCUCACUGUAUGAGGACACGUUUCUGGGUCUCCUGAGCCUGCACGUCCUACGCUUGUCCACCAACUCCAUCACCAACCUGAGGCCCAGGACUUUCAAAGACCUCCAGUUCCUGGAGGAGCUGCAGCUGGGACACAACAGGAUCUGGAGCUUGGCAGAAAGGACUUUCGAUGGGUUGGGUCAACUGGAGGUCCUCAGCCUCAACAACAACCAGCUGCAGGACAUCAAGGCUGGGGCCUUCCUCGGGCUGUACAACGUGGCGGUGAUGCACUUGUCCGCCAACUGCAUCAAGACUCUGCCCGAAUACGUGUUUGAGGGAGUCACCAAGCUGCACAGCCUCCACCUGGAGCACAGCUGCCUGAGCAGGAUCAGGGCCAACACGUUCUCCAGCCUCACCAGCCUGCGGCGGCUCUUCCUGCAGCACAACGCCAUCUCCAUCAUCGAAGACCAAAGCUUCAGAGAGCUGCACGAGCUGCUGGAGCUCGACCUGAAGCACAACAGGCUGAGCCACCUCUCACCCCAGCUCUUUGUGGGUUUGAGCAACCUGGAGUACCUCUUCCUCUCCUUCAACCAAAUCCUGGACAUCUCUCAGGACACCUUCAGCCCGCUCCGCAGGCUCUUCUGGCUCGACCUCUCCCAUAACCAGCUGGCGACGCUGGACAACGCCAUCAUCACGCAGCUUGCCAACCUGCGCUACCUCAGUCUGAGGAACAACUCCCUAGAGACCUUCUCGGUGGGAUUCUUGUGCCCUUCCUUCACACUGGAGCAGCUCUGGCUUGGGGGGAACAACUGGCACUGCAACUGCUCGCUGAAGGGGCUGCGGGAUUUCGCCCUGCGGCACCCCAGCGUGGUCCCACGCUUUGUCCAGUCCGUCGCCGAGGGGGAUGACUCCCACGUCCCUAUUUACACCUACAACAACCUCACCUGCUUCCAGCCCCCCAGCCUCGUGGGCCUGGACCUCCGCGACACCAGUGAGGACAACUUUGCUCACUGCUGACACAUGACUGCCACCUCCCUGUCCCCAUCACUGUGGUCUGUCUAGCCUCGGCCACCUUUCCCCGUCUGGCACCGCGGGGGACAGCUUUAUCCUCUUGGAUGGGGACCUGGGGAAGGCAAGGGGGGACAGGAAGCAUUGGCAGUAUUUAACCACCAGCACGGGGACAGAAUGAAGCAUCUUCCUGCCACGAAGCAGGAUGCUGGCUGGUUUCGCCCUGUGCCCACCCGUGGGCAGCCCCCAGCCUCUUCCAGGGCCCCAAACCUCACCCAGGGCCCCACCAUCCCCAUCCACCAGCAAGACCUCAAAAAAGCAAUUACUAGAGCCCAGUGCGUGGCACCUGGGGUCACCUCCACCCCAGCAGGUUUAAAUGGAAAAAAAACAACCAGAAAACCCGAAUUUGCUGUUGAGCCCUGCUGUAGGGGCUGGGGGAGGGGACAGAUACACGCUUUAAUUGCUCCUUGCCACAGCCAAUACAGGUUACAGAAAGCCACCCGUGUCACUUACCUGAUAAUUCACAGCAGACAAAUAAACCUUUGGAGCUAUUGCAACCCAUCUUGU